GUUAAGUGAAUGUCUUUUCACUGGGUUCUUCGUCACUGUUGGCUGCAUGACCAACAUGACUAGUCUGCCGAACACUGCAAACAUGACCAAAUGGCGAUGCUGCCACAAAAAGUGUGAAACAUUCCCAAACGUAUUCGAAUCCUGUGACCAAGAGGUAAAUACCUGUAGAAAAUGGAAUGGAAAUGCAUUUCCAGAGUGUAUCAAAGGGUAUGCUGAUAAUGUUGAUGCUGGUUGCACAUAUUGCAACAGCUCCUUAGAUUGUACAACUGACGCCCGCACUGGUCAGGCGAGUUGUGGUGCUGCUGUAAAGAACACUUCGAAUGACAAACAUGAUUCCUCAGAUUUAAGUGAAGUACAGAUAGGCGGAAUAGUUGUUGGUGCUGUUUUCGGGGUUGUCAUUAUAAGCGUUUUAGGCGUCGCUUGCUUCAGUAAGGGAGCUCCAGGGAGAACUGGCCACAGAGGAUCAAUCAGUACACCGUUAGUUGAGGCGGAUGAGGCUGCUCGCGAGGAGGAAGCAGCAUCAGAUACUUGCUACCCUCCACACCAGUAUGCUAGUGAUCAGAUGUAUGGAGGGUACGCGCCUUCCCAACCCCCACCUGUUCAGUACCCUCUUGCUCAAUAUCCUGGUGCUCAGUAUUCACCUGGUGCACAAUAUCCACCUGGUGCACAAUAUCCACCUGGUGCACAAUAUCCACCUGGUGCACAAUAUCCACCUGGUACACAGUAUCCACCUGGUGCUCAGUACCCACCUGGUGCUCAGUACCCACCUGGUGUACAGUACCCACCUGGUGCACAAUAUCCUGGAGCUCAGCACCUAGCUGGUGCUCAAUAUCCUGGUGCACAAUAUCCACCCCCAGCCCACCCAACUGUAGAAAUUGAAAAUCCUACUGCAACUUCUCCACCAUCAGCCGGGUCUUAUCCAGCAGCCACCUUUGUUCCUACGGAGGAGACACUUAUUCAGUUGAGAAAUGAGAUGGAAGAAGAAACUACCAAAGCAAUGGAGGAAAGGCGCAAACUGGAGGAGGAGCGUAAUAUGCAGGAAAAGCGCAAAAUGGAGGAGGAGACACUUAUUCAGUUGAGAAAUGAGAUGGAAGAAGAAACUACCAAAGCAAUGGAGGAAAGGUGCAAACUGGAGGAGGAGCGUGAAAUGGAGGAAAAGCGCAAAAUGGAGGAGGAGCGUAAAAUGGAGGAAAAGCGCAGAAUAGAAGAAAAGCGCAAAAUGGAGGAGGAGACACUUAUUCAGUUGAGAAAUGAGAUGGAAGAAGAAACUACCAAAGCAAUGGAGGAAAGGCGCAAACUGGAGGAGGAGCGUGAAAUGGAGGAAAAGCGCAGAAUAGAAGAAAAGCGCAAAAUGGAGGAGGAGACACUUAUUCAGUUGAGAAAUGAGAUGGAAGAAGAAACUACCAAAGCAAUGGAGGAAAGGUGCAAACUGGAGGAGGAGCGUAAAAUGCAGGAAAAGCGCAAAAUGGAGGAGGAGCGUAAAAUGCAGGAAAAGCGCAAAAUGGAGGAAAAGCGCAGAAUAGAAGAAAAGCGCAAACUGGAGGAGGAGCGUAAAAUGGAGGAAAAGCGCAGAAUAGAAGAAAAGCGCAAACUGGAGGAGGAGCGUAAAAUGCAGGAAAAGCGCAAAAUGGAGGAAAAGCGCAGAAUAGAAGAAAAGCGCAAACUGGAGGAGGAGCGUAAAAUGGAGGAAAAGCGCAGAAUAGAAGAAAAGCGCAAACUGGAGGAGGAGCGUAAAAUGCAGGAAAAGCGCAAAAUGGAGGAGGAGCGUAAAAUGGAGGAAAAGCGCAAAAUGGAGGAAAAGCGCAAACUGGAGGAGGAGCGUAAAAUGGAGGAAAAGCGCAAAAUGGAGGAGGAGCGUAAAAUGGAGGAAAAGCGCAAAAUGGAGGAAAAGCGCAAACUGGAGGAGGAGCGUAAAAUGGAGGAAAAGCGCAAAAUGGAGGAAAAGCGCAACACGAAAGAAAGAAAAAAUAAGGAAAAAAAUGCUCCAGCAAAAUCGAAACCAGUUGAAGCUCCACACCCUCUCUCUCCUGGAGCCACAGUCAGGCUAACCUCCAAAGCUCACGGGAAAAAUCUGAGGAUCAAAAAGGAGGGUGGUAUUGACGGCAGAGGAGGUAACGGACCAUGGGCUACCUUCACAGUCCACAGUCGGGGACCUAAUAUUGCACUGUCUCUAGCUGCUCAUCCUAAAAGGUUCCUGGCUAUCAAGGAAAACAUGCUCACUGAGGGUACUGGUGGCAAGUUCUGUACGCUGAUUGUCAAGCACGAUCCUGGUGACGGGACUGUAACUCUUGAGUCUGCCGAGUACCGCACCCAAUAUGUAGGAAUACGUUCCAGUGGGGACUUUAAAGAGCCAGACCAGACAAGGCCAGGGUAUAACGCCAAAUUCUACGUCAACUAGUUAGACGCAGAUAUUUGCGACAUCAAUCACUUUCUGGAUUAACAUUCAUGGCCAUGAGUAGUAAUUGCACCCUUGAUUUUUGCUUUAAAAUAAUAUCUUUUAAUACUCUUAUAAAUUUUAUUGUUUUAGCUGAUUUUUUUUUCAACGAAUCAUCUGAAGACUCGUAUUUUUUAUUGCAAUUAAUGUGCAUGUGAUCUAUUAGCCGUUUUGAGAAUCAAAAGUAUUUUAAGCAUCAGGGCAUGACACCAGUAGUGUUUGUUGUUUUUAUCCACAGAAACGUAAAUGAUUUUUAUUUUCAUAUGAUUUAAUAAUAGUUAUCAAACAGUAUGUUUUUAUUUUUGCUUUUAAAAGAUUCAUUUUUACCCAUCUA